UGGCAUGCUGGGAAGUGUAGUUCAUGUACUAUAUGCAAUGCUUUCAGAAGGAGACAGGCGAGACGAAAGAGCUAGUGUGAGCUGCUGUCAGAGGCAAUGAGAUAAACAAUCACAGAAACACACAGAGCUGCACUGUACCUGCUGUUGAGAUGGCAUCAGAUAAUGAUGAAGGUGAGAAGAAGGAAUCCCCCCCUGAGGAGCAGAAAGAAUGGAAGUUACUGCUCUCCUAUCUCUGCUUCUAUGGUUUCAUGACACAGAUGCGACCUGGGGAAAGCUUCAUAACCCCAUAUUUACUGAGCCCAGAAAGGAACUUCACUAAAGAACAGGUAACCAAUGAGAUCAUUCCUGUUCUAAGUUAUUCGUACAUGGCAGUAUUGGUGCCAGUCUUCCUUCUUACAGACUACCUGCGUUAUACCCCCGUUUUGGUAUUACAAAGUUUAAGUCACAUCUCAGUAUGGUUACUGCUUAUAUUUGGCUUAGAUGUAAUUGCCAUGCAAUUUAUGGAGUUCUUUUAUGGAAUUACUAUGGCGGCUCGUGUGGCCUACUCCUCAUAUAUAUUUUCGCUAGUGACCCCAUCCAAGUAUCAGCGUGCGGCUGGUUACUCACGUUCUGCUGUUCUUUUUGGGGUUUUCACAAGUUCAGUUCUUGGGCAACUCUGUUUGACUCUGGCUGGUGUUCCUUUCCAGACUCUAAAUUAUAUCUCUUUGGGCUUUAUGGUGUUUGGAUUAGUUCUUACCUUUUUUCUUCGGCGCCCCAAACGGAGCCUCUUUUUUAAUAAGAAUUUUUCAGAAAAGGUUAUACAACAGAAUGAACUGCAAAAGAUGAACCCUGAACCAAAGGCAGGGGGCGGACUGUGCCCUAGAUGGAAGAACUCUGUGUUUAUCCGCAUGUUGCUGGAACUGAAAUUAAUAAUACGUCAACCCCAGCUGAGAUUAUGGUCCCUUUGGUGGAUUUUUAACUCUGCCGGCUACUAUUUGAUGUUGUAUUAUGUGCAGAUUUUGUGGAAAGAGGUCUAUCCUACCACCGACAACCGGAAAAUAUACAAUGGAGGCGUUGAUGCAGCUUCUACCCUCCUUGGAGCCAUUACCUCGUUUGCUGCAGGAUAUGUGAAGAUUCGCUGGAGUUUUUGGUCUGAGUUUGUCAUCGGACUAAUUACUGCUUUUCAGGCUGGGCUUCUUCUGCUUAUGAACACCACCAGCAAUAUCUGGGUUUGCUACAUAGCGUAUGUCCUGUUCAGGGGCUCCUAUCAAUUCCUGGUACCCAUUGCCAUUUUCCAGAUUGCAAGCUCUCUGUCCAAGGAGCUGUGUGCUCUGGUGUUUGGCGUUAAUACAUUCUUUGCCACAGUCCUGAAAUCAAUAAUUACUAUCAUCAUCUCUGACAAGAGGGGACUGGCCCUAUCUGUACAACCUCAGUUUUAUGUAUACUUUGCAUAUUUCACACUGCUGGCUGUGCUUUACCUAGGAGCUUCUAUUUUUGUCAUGGUCACACACAAAAAAGAAAACCCUGAGAUUCCCCCUGACGUGAAGGCCAGUGAGUUGGAGACCAUCACCACCAGCAGAUCAGCUGAUGAAUCCCGUGCUUGACUGAUGCUGUGGGAAAAUAGAGGCAAAUCCUGAUGUUAUCUCUUGAUGAAGCCUAUGUAUGUCUGGUACAGCAGACUAGUUGUAGGCAUAGCUUUAAAUAUAGGACAUCAACCAUUUACAACAUCAGAGUGACUUAAAAGAAGACUCAGGCACAGUAGGCUGUAAGACAAAUGCAAGAGGAGGGUUUAUAAUCAUAUUUGAUAAGAUAUGGAUUGCAGGUCCAUCUAUGCGCAUGAACACUCUUUCAUACAAAUCAACAAGCAUUCCUUCAGGCCAGAGAGAGUUUUCUUUUAGAACUGAUGAGUGUUGAUUGACAUCAGAGUGUUCCUUCAGAUCACAGAGUGUUCCAACAGAUGAAGGUUCCUUCAAAUCACAUGUGAACAGAUGAGAGAACAUAUGGACAUUCCUAAAUAUUAUACCAUAGAUUGAUGCAAACAUAAUAUCAGUUAACAGACAGCACUCGUUCAGACCACAUACAAAUUCACUUAUUCGGAGGAGCACUUAUUUAGAUUACAACCAACCAUUUCGAUUACAACCAACAUUUAUUUGACAGCAAAUAAUUAAAUGACACCAUACCAUCACCAAACAAUUUCAUAUUAUUAUAGAUUACAAGAGAAUUUUCCCUUUAGACAAGGCUUUGUUCUUUUUUAGGUCACAUGAAAAAGUCUUUAUGUACAUGAGCAAAUGUACAUUCAGAUCAGAAACAAUAUUUAAAUCGCAUAACACAGAUAAAGUGCUUUUUGCUUGAGUGUUUCUUCAGAUGAGUGUAGCUUAAGUGAAAACGUUUUUUUUUCCCUUCUUCAUAUCACAGUAGUGCUUAUUUAGAUCAUAUGACACUGUUCCUUCAGGUCAAAUGAUAAAAUGGCUUCAUGUGAUUGAGCAAUUCUCCAAAUAAUGUAAGACCUUGUUUCAUACAACUUAUGCAGUCUACAGGAAAAAUGAAUCAAGUGAAUGAGAAAAUGUUAAGCGUCACAAAGUGGAUGCUGACUCUAUGCAAAGACAUAAGAUAAUAAUAAAAAAUAAAAGUGCACUUAUAAAUGCAAAGUAGCUGUGUGUGAACUUGAUGCCAGGCAAUGUUAUGAUAACCAUUGCCCGUUGCCUGGAAGCUUGAGAUAUGAGACAUACAAAAAUGUGCCUAUGAAAUGUGACAUUAUCUGCUCUCUGUGCCAAUUAGAAGUGUUUACUUAUAUUCUUUACAACUCAGAAUAGUAUCAGUGAUUACCUAUGAUUUCUUUAGGGCUGUAUCAUGAUUACAUGUGUUCUUAGUCUUACAAAGCUGGGAUAAACUGAGGUUUGUGGCUGAUAGCAUUGUGAUUCACUUUGUUGUGUGCCUGGCUGCCUUAUAGAAAACACAAUGUUAAAGUUCUCAGAUGCACAACUGCCUGGAUUUUUUUAUAAUGAAGAAUUCCCUUUAAAGGGACAAUCACUGUUGUUUUUAAUAUAUAGUUUCUAAAUCUGCAUACUUUAUUCUUCAGAUUAAAACUUCUGAAAAUGUAAAAUAAAAAAAAAAAUUUUUUGAA